AUGAACAAAAAGGUAUUCGGGUGGUGCAUGAAAACACAGAUUCAGGAUACCUUAAAUACACAAGAUGAAUUACAAAACUGGGGAUGGAACAAUCAAAAAGCAUUCUAUGGGAUAGCUGAAAUUAAUGUUACGUCAUCCUCCUCAAGAAAUUAUACGGCUAGUUUUACAUCGUCGACAACACAACAUAAUUCGCAUAUUCUUCACAACAGUCUAAGCACUUUAUCUAUGCCGAUCAAUAAUCUUAGCGCAGCCUCAAAUUUUCUUGAUAAUGAUAUCAAUUCUACCUUGAAAAGCACACCAAUUGAUGUCACAAAUACAUCUAUCAUCCCAAUACCAUUGAUUCCCGAAUACAAAUUUCAAAAAUACAAUCAAGGGGCGACACUUCAAAAUGUACUAAGUGGAUCGGGUGUAACCUUUGAUUCCGUGCAAGACACAAUGGACAAACUUGAAGACGUGUUAAUGGCACAAAAUGAAACUGUCGAGGCAUUGACUACUGAGAACUAG